AGAUGGUUCCGUUGCUCUAGUCAUGAAAUCUUAUGGAAUCGAUGAACAAAACCUGGUUAUAAAAUAUAUGCUGGUUUAUGCGGGUCAGUCGGGUACUCGUAAUCUGAAACCAGAAACCGGUCUGUUCCCAAAACAUGAAAAAUUGAAUUCAACCCGAACGA